AUGGCCUCCCUGGCCAUCCUCAUCCCCCUCUACCCCUCUCUCUGCGUCUUCUUCUCCUCGCUACUGAUGAUAUAUCUCUACCGACGAGGUCUCCGACGCGUCUGUCUUCGCUUCAUCUUCUGGAAGAAUCGAAGCCGAAACCAGAACCAGAAACAAGGACGCUACACACGACUAGACGACAGGGAAGUGGAAUUAGAAUCCGGGCUCGAAUCAGAGAAUGAGUUCGAAAUCCAACCAGAGGAAUUAGACGACGACAAGAAUGAAGACGGAGACGAAGCCGGAGAGGAUGAAGAUGAUGAAAAACCAUCUCCAUUUCCCGAACCAAAUCCACAAGAACAACCCCCUCCACCCACCCCCUUGGCCAUCUACUUCAACGCCCAAACCACACUCAUCCACCCGCAACUGCUGUCCCCCGCGGCCCCGCCCACGCCCGGCUGGGAACGGCAGCUGCGGCGACGAAUCGACGAGGGGCGCGGUCUAGGCGCUUGGAAGGAUCGGCUGGUCGAGAGGACGGUGCGAUGGCUACUUUCGUUUUCUUGA